GACGAAUGGCUGGUGCGCCAUCCUGGAUGGCACACCUCUGGAAACAGGCGUGUCGUACAACCUCUGUUUGGACCUGGACGGUGCGGGGCCCCUGGAGUCAGGCUCUGUCCAGGAAGUCUUUGCAGCACCGGACCAGAUGCUUUCGAGUGGAGUGGAACCCUCUACAGUGACGCAGGGUGUGGACAUCCAACGCCUCCGCAUCGGCUGCGCCCUGCGAUGCUCAGAGGUCACUCAGGCCUACUUGGCCACAAGCUGCGAGGAGGCGCUUUCGCGCACGGCCGUGGCGCGGUACCUGGAACGUUUAGCGAGCCGAGACGGCUCUGCUUGGCUCCUGCCGGUGAACGUGAGCAGUUUCGAAAGUGGGCGACACUACAAGAUCUGCAUCGACCUCGAUGGCCCCUCGCCCGGCUUCCUGGCCGGCGACAGUGGACUGGAAGC